AUGGAACCCUCCGAAAACGCGAACGCGACCCUCCGGUCGGGGCUGAGGCCUCCUCGAGUCCACGCUGGGAUAGCUGGCCCAGCGGCAACCGCAACAUGUCUCCAAGAGAUUACCGAUUCUCAACACAAUUCACGGGUGCAGCAGACCGGAAUCCCCCAAAAACGUACACACAAAGGAAGCGUAUCAUACCCAGAACCGAAGCGCAAAACAUUAGCAGAGCAGGCGGGCGAACCUUCCAGGCCUAGACUUCCUCCCCCAGCUGCCGGUCUAUCGCGGUCUACGAGCGUUAAGGGCGCCUCGAUUACCAGCCUUACCACUAAUGCCACCGCCCAAACAUCACGAUAUGGACAUGGACGCACUGGCAGCUUCGCAAAAAGCGUUGGUCCCACAUCUCGUCCCCCGGUAUCGAUGAGAGCACCGACCACGCUAGGCUUCCAUCAAUCCUCAACGACCCGACCACGUGGGAACACAAACACGCGGACACGGCCAGCGACUGCCAUGACGAACAGAGAACUUGAGGAUGAACCUGAACCGGCCAACCAGAAGAAGGGUAUGCAGAUCCCCGUUUUCUCAAACCUCCGUCUGCGGGAUUCUAUGUUGCGACGGACCAUUUCUCAGCAGUCAGCGCUUUCGCAAACGCAGGAACAACGUAGAGACAUCUCGUUGCUCGGCAGGCAACUCAAGGAUUUGUCGCUUAAUGAUAAGCCCAACGAGAACUCAAAAGGGGGCCAAGUGGUCUCUAACCAAUACAAGCAGCCUCCGUCCCGGCCAUCCCAGUCAGAGGUCCCGACGGAGAUCAUAACUCCUACCGCGGUUCAACAAGACGACGCAGCCAGAGGAAACCCACUCGGGCCUGCCGACUCUCGAAACGCGCCUGCGCCAGUGCCAGCAACGCCACCAGAAUCCAAAAAGUUCAACGCGGCGAUGGACACAGUGCGCAAGGUCCUACAGAGUCCUUGCAAGGCGCCCUUUUCGCCGUCCAAAUUGUCUGGUUCUCCGAAAAAGUCAUUUCUCACUAAAGACUCGAAUGUAACAUCUUUUGCAGGUUGGGACGUCGACGGCCGACUAAACGAGUUUGAAUCGCAAUUCAAGGUGAUGAAAGAGACCUUCGAGGGCACCAUGACCGACAGGAAGGUCUUGGAGGAAGCGAUCGACAUGGCCAAGAAUCGAGCGAGCGAUCUCGAGAGGGAGCAACAACGGCUGAUAGACCAAAACACACACCUCCAGGGCCAGCUUGACCUUCAACGACAGGAGAACCACUCACUACAGCAGGAGAAGCAAUCGAUGGUCCUCGAAAUGGAGGCAGAACAACGAAGACAAAAAUUUGAGAUCGAAGAUAGACAACGGGGGCACAAGCACGAAGUCGACGAAAUCAGGCGUGAGUUCAAGGGCGAAUUCGACCAGUUGAAGAGGGAGCAUGCGCACGCUUUGGAAGCUAUGGAAAGGCGCUACCGGGCGGAGUUGGCCGAGGAGCAGGCGCAGAAGUCCAGGGAGCUGCAAGAUCUACGCUCAAAGCUGGGUGCAGAGCAGCAAGACAUGAAUUUGGAUAUCCUCAAGAAAGAGCGGGAAGUCCAGGAGAUGCGGUCACAGGCCGAGAUGCUCAGGUCCGACCUCGACCGCGAGCAAGCAAUCAAGGCCACUCUCCAGCAGCAGAUCGCCGAAAUGACGACCACAAACAUGACGCUAGAGGAUCGGAUGCGCGGACUGCGGGCCAAAAUCGACUUCCUUGAAUCGGACAGCAAGCAACAAUCCGAUUCGUACGCGAACAUGGAGGCGCGCCUUCAGGAAGCCCUGCAUGUUGCCGAGGAAGCACGGCAAAAGCUGAUCAAAGAAGAAACCGAGCGCCGCGUGCUCUUCAACAAGUACCAAGAACUGAAAGGCAACAUCCGCGUCAUGUGCAGGGUCCGACCUGUCCUCGACUCGACAGAAGGCGAGGUCGCCAGGAUAGCCUUUCCCGACGCCAAGACCUCGUCACAAAUCGACGUCACCGGCCCUGAGGAGAAGAGCAGUUUGGGGGCCAUCAGCCGCAAGGUGCUUCCCUUCGAGUUCGACCGCGUUUUCGACCCGCCGGUGCAGAACGAGGAGGUGUUUGGCGAGAUCUCGCAGCUCGUGCAGAGCGCCCUCGACGGCUACAACGUGUGCAUCUUCUGCUACGGCCAAACCGGCUCCGGCAAGACGUACACCAUGUCCUCGGCAGACGGCAUGAUCCCGCGGGCCACGCACAUGAUCUACGACACCAUCACCAAGCUGCAAGAGAAGUCGUGGACGUACACGAUGGAAGGCAGCUUCGUUGAAGUCUACAACGAGGAGCUGCACGACCUGCUCACGCCCGGGCGCGAGGGGGACGGCCGCAAGCGGCUCGAGAUCCGGCACGACGACGCGCGCAAGCAGACGACGGUGGUCAACUGCAAGACGGUGGCGCUCGACACGCCCGACAAGGUGGAGACGAUGCUCAAGCAGGCGCAAAACAACCGCAGCGUGGCGGCGACCAAGGCCAACGAGCGGUCGUCGCGGUCGCACUCGGUCUUCAUCCUCAAGCUGGUGGGCGAGAACAGCGCGACCAACGAGCGCUGCGAGGGCACGCUCAACCUCGUGGACCUGGCCGGCUCGGAGCGGCUCAAGCACUCGCAGGCCGAGGGCGACCGCAUGAAGGAGACCCAGAACAUCAACAAGAGCCUCGCGUGUCUGGGCGACGUCAUCGAGGCCCUGGGCCGCGGGUCCGGCCACAUCCCCUACCGCAACUCCAAGCUCACCCACCUGCUACAGUACUCGCUGGGCGGGAACUCUAAGACGCUCAUGUUUGUCAUGGUUAGUCCGCUGGAGGCGCACUUGAAGGAGACGAUUACGAGUUUGCGGUUUGCGACGAAGGUGCAUAAUACCCAUAUUGGCACGGCCAAGUCGACCAAGAAGUUGACAGCUGGGUCGCCCGAGUCGGGUCGUUGA